UCUCCGACCGAAACAGCAUCACCAUGUACAAGUCCCUGCUCCUCGUCUUCGCCGUCCUGGCUGUGGCUUCGGCCCAGUACAUCGCCAGCCCCGUGGUCAGCACCUACGGCGCCGCCUACCCCGCCUACUCUGCCUACUCCGCUGGUGCCUACCCCGCCUACUCCGGCUACUCUGCCUACGGCGCCUACCCCUACGCCUACUCCGGCCUGAACUACGGCUCCUCUUACCUGUACCGUUAAUUUUCAAACUCCCAAUGAAUCCGGACCCCCGCCAGCCCCGUGCUCUCCAGACCGCUGGGCUUCACACCACAUUCGGCCUCAAGACUGACAAAAAACAAUAAAUGUCUCGCAAUAUCUAA